AUGCAUCUUAAGUCCGUUGUCGUUGUUCACUUUCUGUCCCUAUGGUAUUCCUCCACAUGGGCCUCUCUAGUCCAAGACAAUAGCACCUUCGCUGGGCCUAUACCAAGCAUCCACAAUCCUACUAGCGCCAGCAUCGGAAGUAUUGAGCCGGUAAUGAGCGUAUUGCCCCAUGGCACAAUCUCCACAAUCCGAACACCGGGGAGCAACAUCACCCGUGCAAUCUUCUCCAAUGGUCCUAUCAACAUUAUGAACUGGCCAAUGAUCCAGGACUUGCAAACCUUCACAGUCUCUCUUUACAAUCAAUCCCAUACGAAAGUCGUGAUCCUGCAGAGUGCAAACCCGAGUUUUUUCAUCGCCCAGCUCAGCCUCCUCGAACACGAUGGCUGGCCUACACCCACAGAACAAACGAAGACAUUUAUUGACGCCGCCUACGAUAUCAGUACACUCCCCGUGAUCUUUAUCGCUAGUAUUGCGGGUCGUGCACGUGGCGCGGGAAACGAGCUAGUACUACAAUGUGACCUGCGCUAUGCGGCGAGGGGACGCACGUUUCUGGGCAAUUUCGAAACAGCCAUAGGACUGAUUCCUGGCGCUGGUGGCAUUGCAUAUCUUGCAUCCCUAAUAGGCCGCGCAAAGGCAUUCGAGUACGUUCUUUCCGGGCGGGACAUCGAUGCCGACACCGCAGAGCGGAUCGGAUGGGUGAAUCAUGCCGUGGAUUCAUAUGAUUUAGAUGGGGUCGUGGGGGCAUUUGCGGAGAGACUGGCACUGUUUCCAGUCCAGGCAUUGGCAGCGGCAAAGAAACGAAUCAACGAGGUGAGUCUUGUGCCGCCGGAACAGGUAUGGGCGGAUUAUAAUGCGUGGGUGCCGCUUGUUGGCAAGCCAUUCUCGGCGCCCUUGGCCAGUAAGGAGAUGAAGCUUUCGAUGAAUGAGAGCUUUGGAGAGUAUCAGUUGUAUGAGGGAGAUGAGGUACUCAGGGUUUACGAAUAA